GUCUCAUCUGCUCAUCUCUAUCUAAAUUACUCCCCCCAAAAGGAAUCGGGUCUCCUCAAAUCGCUCAUCCUACGCUAGGGUUUCUCUGGUUCUUGCCACGGAGGAAGGGAGCUUGCGGUUCGCGAAGGCCGUUCGGGAUCGUGGCUUUUGCACUUAUGAAGUCUCUUGGAGAAGGAGGAGCUUGUCUUGUAUAUUACAGGAACUGUUCUAGAGGCUCACUGUGUUGAUUUGUUCAGCUAUCUUUUGUCCAUUGAACUAGCAUGGGCCGUCUUUGUGAUUUCUGCACGGAGCAAAGAUCUGUGGUCUACUGCAGGUCUGAUGCUGCUUCCUUAUGCUUGUCAUGUGACCGUAAUAUUCAUUCUGCAAAUGCACUUUCUCGGCGGCACUCGCGUACACUUUUAUGUGACAGAUGCACUACCCAACCUGCUAUAGUAAGGUGCAUAGAAGAAAAUGCUUCGCUUUGCCAAAACUGUGAUUGGAAUGGUCAUGGUGGGUUGGCAUUGACUUCAGAACACAAGAGGCAGACUAUCAACUGCUACUCAGGGUGCCCAUCAGCAGCAGAAUUUUCUAGAAUCUGGUCCUUCUUUGAAUUUCCUGAUAUGGAAGAACCUGAUUUUGAGAAAGGAUUGAUGACUAUCAAUGAGAACAGUGUUACCAAUUGUUGGGGACCUCCAGAGGACAGCAGUACUGCCAAUAUCGGCAGCACUGGAAAGAUGAAUGAUAUAAAAGCAGUUGAUAAGGCCAAUCCCUGGGUGGAGUCAUCUUCAGCAUCUGGAUUAAAUGCUAUGUCAUGUAGUGCUGAUCGACCAGCUGGUUCAAUGGAUUCAACUACACCCAAGACAAGUUGUCCCAGGACAGAUGAUGUUGAUUUCUGUAAAGAUGAUUUCUAUGAAGGUUUCACAAUGGGCGAUGCAGACAUGACAUUCGAGAAUUACGAAGAACUCUUUGGUGCAUCACACAACCUAACAGGGGAUCUUUUUGAUGAUGCUGGAAUUGAUAGUUUUUUUGACAUGAAGGAAAACUCUGCUACUAAUUCCAUAUGCCAUGGUGAAUCUACUGAAGAGGUUAAACAAAUGCAAGCAACAUGCGGUAAUGCAGUAUCUGCUGAUCCUGCAAUGUCAAAUCCAGAAGGAAAUGCAGAUUCUAGCCUGGCUUUACCAGGAUGCCAGGUUCAGUCCACUCUAUCAUUUUCCUUUUCUGGUGUGACUGGUGAAAGCAGUGCAGGAGAAUAUCAAGAUUGUGGAAUGUCGGGAAUGCUUCUAACAGGUGAGCCUUCUUGUUACCAUGCUGGUCCAGGAAGCUCUUCAUUGCCUACAUCUAACAGGGAAAGUGCUCUCAUCCGUUACAAGGAAAAGAAGAAAACUCGCAAGUUUGAGAAAAAAAUCAGGUAUGCUUCGCGCAAAGCUAGAGCAGAUGUCAGACGAAGGGUGAAGGGGCGGUUUGUCAAGGCCGGUGAAGCUUAUGACUAUGAUCCACUUUCCGAAACAAGAAGCUGUUGAGUACAGCAGCAUUUUGCCUACUAUGAUAUUAAGCUUUCGAGAAACCAAAAAUUGAGAUUGGCUGCCCAUCGCCCGUUAUAAGGAAUGAAAAGGAAAAUAAGAAAGGCAAUUUGAUUGGCAACUGAAUAAAUUGGAAUUGGAAUUACUUCUUGUAAGCUUCAGAGGUAACUCCAUCUACAAAUUUUCCAUUGUAAAAUGGCCACAUUAAUCUUGCACAUGUUGUCCAUUUUUUCCCUGCAUGGUGGCUGGUGCAUAUAUGUGCUACAAUUUUGGAUAACCAGAGUGUUUGAUCAGUCCAUCUAAGAGCCGGUACUUAUGUUCAUCUACACUAAUCCUUCUAACACUUCCUUUGUUUUUGGACUCAUCUAAGGACCAGUUGGUACGCAAUGACCUCUCUGCACUCUGCGGUUGCGGUGUCUUGCUUCCAGGUUUGGCUUUUAUUUCAGAUGUGUCUAUAUCCAAAACUCUUUUUUAUUCUUCUGUUGUGGAAGGGAGAUAUCACCUUGUAUCUAUAUUCACUUGUGAAAGGGAAGUGUAUAUGUAACAAGAGGCUCGGAGGAUAAUCUACUUUUAACUUGUAAAUAUACCUUUCCAAGCUAUGGCUUCUGGUUAUUAAUCCUGGCUUUCUUGCUCAUGA